AUGGCGGAUCACUCCGACGCGACAGUGUCCGACAAGCGCCAGCGACCUCCAGAUGCAGAGGACACCGGGGACCGCGCAAAAGAUCCCAUCACAAUAAUCUUUGACCGCUUCUGGGCCAAAUUAAGGGCAUGCUUACAGCCCGCAGUGCCCUACCAAACAUCACCCAUUAGGGUAAGAGCAAAUGGCGGACGGGAGCAUGGGAGUCCUCCUCAGGGCAACUUUAAGACCCUCGCAUCAAAUCCCUACAUCUUAGGCCCUCCCGAGCUGAGAGCAAGAAGGGGAGUACCCCAGAGGCGCCGGCCACACAAGCGGAGAGAGGCAAGAUGAACACCCAAGCGACCCAAUCUAACUCCCCGCACCACCCCGAAAGGGCCGACCCUGGACCAUGAAGGUUCCCAGGCUCGUGGCCUACGAGCGCCAGCUCUCCCACAGCUAUGGGGAAGGAGAGGAUUCCUGCAGCUGAGACACCGCGGCUCUGCACUAAUGGGACGGAAGUGGUUGCCGGACCUGCAGCGACAAGACUCUCAUCCUGGUACAAGCUCAAGGGAAAAACUCACUCCUCAUCACUGCGGCCUUAAGUGA